UUUCCAAACGCACUUGCUACAAUGCUGAAGCACAUCUGUGUUGGCACGCACUAGGCUGAAGCACAUCUGGGUUGGCACGCACAAGACUGGCAUUUCCCCAAGAAGAUACUAAACCGUCGCCGAGGAAUGGGCAUGUAUGAACACAGCGUCGAUGCAGCAUGUCUGCACACACAGCUCACUGAAGACGACGAACGCUAAACCAAGGCACAAGGUCCGAACUCCGAAGGAACUAUGGAUAAUCAAGAGCAAGAGGUGGAUUCUACGUUCCAUUCCCUGAUCGAAGACAUGAAGGACAAGCUAAACCGGCCGCCGGCGCCAGCGACCGAAGCUCCUCCUCCUGCGUGCCUCAUUUCGUGGGUCAACGAGCAAAUCCGCGAAGCGAAGCCCGGCGAGUACAUGCCACUCCACGUCCCCAUCGGUCCGUUCCACCGGGAUCCAUCACAUUGGAUGCAGCACUGGAAGAGGCAUCUGCUCUACCGCGCCCUCCCCGGCGCCGGCGAACAACAGCGCGAACAAGCGCUCCGGCGAUACCUGGAGGCAAUGGCGGCCGUCGAGGUCCGCGCACGGCGGUGCUACGACGGCACGUUCAGUGGAAUAGACAGCGAGGCGUUCGCGUGUAUGCUGCUGCUGGACGGGUACUUCGUUCUGUCCUGUUUCGAGCUCGCUGGCAGUAACACCGGAGGUGACGCCGGGGGCCAUGGAAGCCAGGAGAGCAGACCACGAGAGUUUGAGGCUUACAGACGCGAUGUCAUCUUCCUCCUCGAGAACCAGGUACCUCUCUUCGUCCUGGAGGACAUCCACAGGCUGGUGGUGACCUAUGGUGAAAACGACAAUAGUUCAGUCGUUGUCCAAGGUAUUGCGAGCCACAUCGAAAAGCGCCUCCUCCAAUUAAUGAUGUUGCAUGACACGGUGACGUACAGGACGGUGAUGCCCAAUUUUAGGGGAGAAUCACCUUGCCACCUUCUUCACCUUCUCUACGAGUACUUCCGGCCGGCCGACCGCCGCCGCCGAUCCCGUAGUGGCCAACCGAAUUGUUCUCGCACGGCGGCAGUGGCGCACGUCGCGGUUCCUGUCGUGACCAAGCCUCGCUGGCGCUCCGCGACGUACUACUACGCCGCCGGCGUGAGAUUCGCCAAGCGCAAGCUCGACGGCAACGAGGUGCGUUCCAUCCUAGACGUCGAUGUCAAGGACGGCACGCUCCAUGUCCCUUGCUUGAUGGUCGACGCUAACGCGAUGACCAUCCUGCGCAACAUGGUGGCGCUGGAGCAGCACAACCCCGGUAUCGGCAGCCGACACGUGACGGCCUACUGCUUCUUCCUGUCGCAGGUGGCGAGCACGGAGGAGGAUGUCAGGCUCCUCUCAAGUAAGGGGAUCAUCGAGCACGGUCUCAGAACGGAUAGCGCCGUCGCCAACGGCUUUGCGGGCCUCUGCACGGGCGUCGCCCUCAACAUGACCAAUCCGGACUCGUACCUGAAGCCGAUUCAAGAUGAUCUCGAGGUGCUUUGCCAGAGCCGCUGGCGGAAGUCCAUGGCGUGGCUCAGGCACACCAAGUGCAACAACAUUUUGAUGGCGUUGGCGGUGUUAGGGGCGGUCAUCCUCUUCGUGUGCACGGUGGAGCAAUCUUUGUUUGCUGCUUUAAGCUACGCCAAGGGAAAAUAAUCCUGGAUCCAUUCAUUGCCAUGAGCAUAUAGCAAGAAGAGAAGAACGUGUCCCGUUGCAUGUCAUGUAAAGCACGAAAAGGUAUUGCAAGACAGGUAGUUCAUUGUGUCAAAUUAGUUUUCCUGGCACAAAAAAGUUGUCAGUUGUUACUAUGGUACAUGAGGAACAAACAGGGCUAGCUGUCUCCAAGAAUUUGGGGACAGGAUGAAA